AUGCUAAACGAAGAAAGCGUAGAAGUCGAACUGGUCAAAUUAGAAAACGAAAUAAGCAAAGGUGAAAACAGCUUCGAAAAAAAAAAAAAAAAAAAAGUCCAAUUUUCAGACAAAAAUGAAACCAUAUAUUAUGAAAAAGACGAAAACGAAAAUAGCUAUUUCAAUUUUGCCGUGAACAAUUUUAACUACUUCGAAUGCUUUUACAAUGAGAUGUAUAACUGUGACUUUGAUGAGAAGGAGUUUAAGGGUGGCCAUUCUUUCCUAAAUGAAGAGGAUCCUAAAGGGGGCAGUUACAAUUCCCUUGAAAUUUUCGAGGCGAACGAUUCUUCCGAUGAAGGCACUAGUAAAGAGAAUGGCAAAGCGAGAGGGGUCGUUAGAAGAGGCUACGUCGCCAUGAAUACUGGGGAGGAUGACUCUGCUGAUGGGGCAUCCGAUGGGGAAUCAACCAAAGGCUCGUCUUCCAAUCGAAACGGAAAAAAUCAACCACUUAAAAGAGAAAGGUUUACGCAUUCCUUUAAUGAGGAUUCCUCUUUCGAAGUGAACGACGUGCAUGCAGCCAUUUUAAAUGCAGAAGAAAAAACUACCAACUAUAGUGAUGACUAUUUUGGGUACAACAUUGAGCCGUUUAAUAUGAAGAACGAGCUGAAGGAGGGAUACAUAGACAAGCAUGGCAAUUACGUUUACAACGACCCGGAUGGGGAUGAUUUUGAGGAGGCCUGGUUAAAGUCAGUUGAUGAAGAAGACCCAUUCACCUCAUUUUCUAAUAAAAAAAUAAAAGCAAAAAUACACAAGGAAACGGUCUGUAAAUUUGAUAAGAUGCAAAAUCAAAGUGUUAGUAAUAAUUCCCUCUCGGUGAACAUUUACGAUGCUUUGUACUCCCUCUCUUGUCUCCUGAUUGAAAAGGAAACGCCAAUUAAAGCCAUGGUUAGGUACAAGAAGGAUUUGAAGCUCUGUAAAAAUUACCUUAAUGAGUGCAAACUUAAGCUAGACAAAUUCAGCUUCGUUUCGGCCCCUCGGCCGAGCAAUGAGUCUUCAGCAGAUCCGAGUGCGUCCAAGUUGUGCCAGGGGGUAGAUGCGCACCCUUCCGGGGCGGACCAAGGGAAAAGGGACGAGGACGGCGGGGCUGCCCCGCGCGGAUCGGCUAAGAAGAACGUCCUGCAGGUGAACUUGAAGAGGCGCGGGGGCGACGCGAAGGAAGAGGCGAAGGAAGAGGAGGCGGUGGAAAAGGAGGCGGUGGAGAGGGAAGCCGAGGAGAAAGAACCCAUGGAGAAGGAACACAUGGAAAACGAGGCUGCGGAGAACGAAGCGGUAAAUAAGGCAGAGGUAGACAGCGAAGGCCCUCCAAAUGGAGACCCCCAAAGUGAGGAGGGUGAGAAGAGCGAAGCAACUGCCCAUGAGGAGCACUCCACCGAGCAAGAGGGGCAGCCGCGACAGGAAGAACCCCCGGCGGAGGAGGAAGCGGCUGAUCAGGAGGAGAAAUCGGCAGAACAGGAGAAUGCGGCAGAACAGGAGAACGCAGCUGAAAAGGAGAAAGCGGCUGAUCAGGUGGAGAAAGCGGCUGAUCAGGUGGAGAAAGCGGCUGAUCAGGUGGAGAAAGCGGCUGAUCAGGUGGAGAAAACGGCUGACCAGGUGGAGAAAACGGCUGACCAGGUGGAGAAAACGGCUGACCAGGUGGAGAAAACGGCUGACCAGGUGGAGAAAACGGCUGACCAGGUGGAGAAAGCCGCUGAUGAUAAUUCCACCCUCGCGGAGGGCGAGCAGCCAAACGAGCUGCAGCGGCUGGAGGAAACGUACCAGAAGAUAGCCCUGGACUACAAAACGAUCGAAAGGAGGUUUAACAACCUGAUAGAUUUGACGCAGAAAUUGACGAACGAAUAUAAAAACGUGUACUUCUUGGCGAAGCACGAAUGCGAAGCCUUGUGCAAAAAGCUGGAGGAGUCGAAGGAGGAGAGUGGAGACAUACAGUGGCAGCUGAGGUGGACUAGUGACGCUAACAACAAUGUAUAUGGUCCCUACAGCUACUACGAUAUAUAUAAUUUAAUAUCCGUUGGAAUCGUCUCAGCGGAAAACCCAAUUCAGCUAAGAAGGAUAAACAAGGAAAACAAAGUGUUAGAGAAUAUAUGGCAGAUGUACGACGCUGUCAACUACCUUACAUUUGUUAGCAACGAGAGUGUUAAAAAAAAGAGGAAGUUGAGUGAAACCAACCAGGUGGACGCGGAGGAAGAUGGCAGCGAUGAGGGGGACAACUCCGUGGAUGACGAGUAUGAUAUUAAGAAGAAGAAGCGGAAGAAGAAGGGCCUCAUCCAGAUAUCGAAAAAGAAGGAGGAGCCCUCCACCCGUGAGGACGACUCGGACAACGAGGAGGAGGACGACGACUAUGAGAGCUAUGACUACUGAGGUGGGCUGACUGCGGAAGUGAGUGGAAUGUGCUACCCCGUGUUGUCCCUUGCUAUCCCGUGCUGCCCCUUACUGCCCCACGCAUGAGUGUGUGCACCGCUCGUCUGGAGGAAUGCUCGAGGGAGGAAGGUGUUGCCUCGCCUUGCAUCACCAACACACGUUUGGGCCUCCUGCAAGUAAUGCAAAGCCCCAGAACGGUCAAACCUGCAGUGGUAUAUAAAGCCACACGUGGCACCAUUUUUUCAGUUUUAAGCAUAGUUGAAGAAGAAGCAGUUUUCCCCCCCCCAUUUUGCUAUCCCAUUCUGAUUAGCCAUAUCGCUUUUUUUUUUUUUUUUU